GGACGAGUGAUAAGGCAACACCACCCGAACACAAACAUCCGCUGCCGUCUCCAGAUUAUGAAAGCGUGACGAAGAAACUCUUCUAACUACGCCACAACCCAGCCAAGAAGCAGACUGAUGGGCGUGUCGACAAUUUGAUGGCUUUUGCGUUACAUCGGUUAAGAACAGGAAAUGUUUUUAGCCCCGGCGUCUAUCGAUUUCUAACCUCGGUCGGCAUGGAUCAAAUGGGGCUCGGCGCGAGUCGUUCCGCUCUGGAGCGCCUCGACUUCGACAACGUCGCCCUGAAGAAACUUCCCUUGGACGCCUCCGAGGAAGACGGUGUACGGCAGGUGAAAGGCGCUUGUUUUUCCAAAGUCAAGCCGCAACCGCUGAGCCAUCCUCGAUUCGUGGCGGUGUCCCACCAAGCUUUGGCUCUGCUGGGGCUCGACGGGGACGAAGUGACGGGCGACCCGCUCGGACCCGAAUACCUGAGCGGUUCCAAAGUCAUGCCCGGGUCCGAGCCCGCCGCUCAUUGCUACUGCGGCCAUCAGUUCGGCCAUUUCGCCGGGCAGUUGGGUGACGGGGCGGCCUGCUACCUGGGGGAGGUCAGAGUACCACCAAACCAGGACCCGGACCUUUUGCACGAAAACCCCAGUGGCCGGUGGGAGAUUCAGGUGAAAGGAGCUGGAUUAACACCUUACUCGAGACAAGCCGAUGGCCGCAAGGUCCUUCGCUCCAGCAUAAGAGAGUUCCUCUGCAGCGAGGCCAUGUUCUUCCUUGGCGUGCCCACCACAAGAGCGGGCUCUGUCGUGACGUCCGACAGCAAAGUGGUCAGGGAUAUUUACUACAGCGGACACCCUCGACACGAGAGCUGCGCGGUUGUCCUCAGGAUCGCGCCGACUUUUUUGAGAUUUGGUUCUUUUGAGAUCUUUAAGCAAGCGGAUGAGUUUUCCGGUCGUCAGGGUCCCAGCUACGGACGUGAUGAGCUCCGGGUGCAGAUGCUGGAAUAUGUCAUCGGGAUGUUCUACCCAGAGAUCCAGCAGCAAUACUCGGACCGGGUGGAGAGGAACGUGGCAUUCUUCAGAGAGGUGAUGCGUCGAACGGCUCGACUGGUGGCUCAGUGGCAAUGCGUUGGCUUUUGUCACGGUGUCCUCAACACUGACAACAUGAGCAUACUAGGACUCACGCUUGACUACGGUCCUUAUGGCUUCAUGGACAGGUUCGACCCAGAGUUCAUCUGCAACGCUUCCGACAACUCCGGACGCUACUCCUACCAGGCUCAACCCGCCAUCUGCCGAUGGAACCUGGUUAAAUUUGCGGAAGCGCUCGAUCCGGAGCUCCCUCCUGAUCGGGCCCAGGCCGUUAUGGAGGAAUAUUUAGAUUUGUAUAACAGCUACUAUCUGGAGCAUAUGAGGAAGAAGCUAGGUUUACUUAAAAAAGAGGAACCCGAGGAUGAGAUCCUGAUCACGGAGCUGCUGCAAGCCAUGCACAACACAGGUGCUGACUUUACCAACACAUUCCGGAGUCUAAGUCAGAUCUCUUCUCCGUCUGAGGGGGAAAACGACAGCGAAGAUGAAGUUGUCAAGCAAGCCGCAAAGCUUUUAAUGGAGCAGUGCGCCUCUUUGGAGGAGCUGAAAGCUGCCAAUAAGCCCACCAUGGAUCCACGUGAGUUGGCCAUGCUGCUUUCCUUGGCUCAGAGCAACCCGGCACUCUUCCAGAUGGUCUCAGACAGAGCGACAAUUGCGAGGCAGCUUAGCAAACUGGAAAAACUUAAAGAACUAAUGGAAACGGACGAAGAAGGACUCAAAGCCAGGCAGACUGACGAGUGGACCCGCUGGAUCGCGCGCUAUAGGAAGCGUCUGGCUCGGGAAAUGGACGGACAAAGUGACGUGCGGGCCGUGCAAGAGGAGCGAGUGAGGGUGAUGGACGCCACCAACCCGCGGGUGGUGCUUCGGAACUACAUUGCCCAGAAUGCAAUUGAGGCUGCGGAGAGUGGAGACUUUUCUGAGGUCCGACGCGUCCUCAAAGUUCUAGAGAAGCCUUUCUCCUCCCAGCCGGGUCUCGAGGUUCCCGCGUGGCUGGGUCAAGGCGGCGCCACGCAACAGGGAGAGUUGGACGACAACGAAGAGCAACAGGAAGGGGCGUCAGCGUCCCAGGCCCGAAAUCCCGUCCCGUACGACAGCAAACCUCCCGCGUGGUCUCAGGCCAUCUGUGUCACAUGAUCUUCGUAACCACUUCCUUGACUUGAUCCACCGGCCCGCCAAAUGGGAGGAAGUUUUAAGCAUUUGACUUCCUUUUUUUAGAUAAUAGGCUUUACGGUUAUCUAUAACGGAGGCGGAGCCAAUCAGGGAAGUGUUUUUGAUGUUCAACACUCCACAGAAAGCAUCAAAGACACAAUGCAUUCAGGUAGUAAGUUGGGUUGGUGCCUUAAAUAUUCAUUGUUAUGAUAUUUGAAGGAUCUUAUAACGGUGCUACACGUCCAAUCCAUUUGACGUGGGAGCCACCCUCCCACGUCAAAUGGAUUGGACGUCUACUCGUGAUAAACUCAUUUAAAAGUAAUUGCCCCAUGAUUGGACAUCUAUCACUGUCAAUGGCACUGAAAGAGUUAAUCAUCAGCCCAUUUUGUUGCCUGUCUGUUUGGUGCCUGCUGGCUAUUCAUGACGUCGCAGACGGCAAGUCUCGCAAAGACUCGUCUGGGACUGAUUUACUGUGGAGGUUAAAUAGAAAAAAUCGUACUGUUAUUAGACAUUCAUUUUUGCCGUAGUGGAAAAUGUGCUGCUCGGCCACUUGGGGGCAGUGUCGUAUCACAUGCGGAUAAACUGUACAUGUUGUAUUAGUUCUUGGCAGAGGAUAAAGAAGAUGCUAAUUGAUAUGGUGGCUAUUUAUGUUUAGGGCUUUGCAGUACACUCAAUGGCACUGAAGCAUGAGCAUUCACAGUUGUAAUUGAAUUGGACAGUUAUUGUUGUCAGUGGAAGGCAAUUACUUAAAAAAAAUUUUUUUUUUUAAAUCACCUCUUUAGAGUGUUAUUGGUGGCCAUAACUAGACUGUAAAAGAUUAAAAAAUGGAUAAAAGUAAAUAUUAAUUCGAGCAGAUUUCAUCCUAAGUAGCCACAUUCAAAGCAUUGCCACAUUUCUGACCUCUGUGACCUUUGACCCUUUCUCUUCUCAUCAUGAAGUAUCACCUCCUUUGUAAAUUUGAGUUAAUAGGCCCAUCCAUUAUCAAGUUAUUGUACAAUUCCUGAUCUGAGCUCCGUGACCUUUGACCUCAUUACCCCAAAAAAGCCGCUGCCCUGCACCCUGACCCCGGAUUAAGCAGCAGAUGAUGGAGGGAUGCGUAUAUUUUAGAGGUGUGCAUCGGCACUGCCCUCACGAUUCGAUUUGAUUACAAUUUGGAGGGCCACGAUUCGAUUCGAUUCAGAGGGUCACGACUCGAUUCAGCAAUGCAUCGCGAUGCCUUAAAGCCUGGGAUGCAUUAAAAUUCUGAAGCAAAGCAUAUUUUUCGUGAAUUAUGAGGCAACACAAGCGGUCAGACAUUAAACAACUUUUCAUUGGCUCUUGUGCCACUCCUGGUUGAAGUCAAAUGAAAAUACUUUCAGAUAUAUAUAUAUAUAUAUUUAUAUAUAUAUAUAUUUUAAAAAAAAAAAAAAACUGAUCACAGCAUUUCAUUAGUGCUUUGAAAAACAGUUUACACACAGUAGCAGCCUUUCACUCAGUGCAACAUCUGAACUCCUGUGCAGAAUCAUCAAUAACAGUCACUGUUUUUUAGUCACAACGACCCAUCAAUAAAAAUAUUCAAGUAAAUAUUAAAACGACAAAGAAAAUAUUGUCGUGCAGCAGCAUCUUUAUCGCAAUAUCAAUCCAGGGAUCAGUUCAGUUCAGUUGCAAACAAAACAUCAACUAAAUUGCAAUGUAGAACAAAAGUAAAAUGUAGGCCUAGCCCACUAUAUAUGCGCAAUCAACUUAGAAAUGCAAUCAGUAACUACCACAUAACAAUAAAAAAGUUAUGAAUUAAAAUGAAGUGCAGCAGCAUUUUAGCAGCCAUAACAAUCUGUUUCAACAUGAGGAAAUAUCAGUUUUUUGCAAUCGGGAGAGCAGAGAGAUAGUAGAGGUUAGAUCGGGCCUAAAAAAUCCAGCCCGACCCAGUUUGGAGUGACGCGAGAAAAAAAAAAAAACGCAGCAGCAGCAAUUUAUUUUCAUCGAGUUGGCAGAAAAAAAAACGCAAGUUUUCUUAAUGUUUAAAUAGUCUA